UACGAUAUGAGCGAAAACUCGUUCGAAACUCAGUUGACCUUCGAACUCGCAAUUAUUCUUCCCGAGGGAUCAAUUCGAUAUGUGACGUCCCGCCUUUGGUUCACUUAUAGGAAGGAUUUUGCACCUAUAGGUGGUACGGGACCUGAAACAGAUCAAGGUUGGGGAUGUAUGUUACGGUGUGCACAAAUGUUGCUCGGUGAAGUUCUCUUACGGCGGCAUAUUGGACGAGAUUUCGAGUGGUCGGAAGGUGUGCCACCUACAGGCGAAUACGAGCGUGUUUUGCGAAUGUUUCUUGACGAAAAAACAGCCUUGUAUUCGAUACAUCAGAUUGCGCAAAUGGGCGUUUCCGAAGGAAAGUCAGUUGGUGAGUGGUUCGGACCAAAUACAGCAGCGCAGGUUAUAAAAAAGCUCGCUGUCUUUGAUUCAUGGUCUGGAAUAGCGGUACAUGUGGCACUUGAUAAUAUCCUAGUUUCAAGUGAUGUGCAAGACAUUGCUACUUUAGCACCACCGAAAGAUGCCAUCAAGUUGAUUAUGGAUGAUAAUAGAAAUGUUGACGAAUCGUAUCUGACACUUAUGACGGAGUCUUCUGCGUCCAAUGAUCGCCACUGCGAGUGGCGUCCACUGCUCUUGCUUGUUCCUUUGAGACUAGGAUUGACGAGUAUUAAUCGCUGUUAUUUGCAUGCUAUUGAGGAAUUCUUUAAGCUUGACUCUUGCGUUGGCAUAAUCGGAGGCAGACCCAACCACGCGCUUUAUUUCAUCGGUAUCGCUGGUGACAGACUUAUAUAUCUCGAUCCUCACUACUGUCGUCCUUCAAUACUCAAAAAGUAUGGUGAUGGAAAGUUUUUAGAAGAUUUUGAUUCGCUUGAAGUUAGUCGUCAAAAUAUUCAGGUUUUUCCUUUGAUACAGCUUUUCUUUUACUUGUGUGUUCUUAGGAAGAAGAACGUAUUUCCUUCUUCGCAACCAUCGCUUUUCGAACAGCUUGAAACCCGUCCAAAAUACUGGCCACCGUUCGAACCGUACACAGGCGUGAAGGCGAAAAUUUUAAUGAAAGAUUUUGACGACAUGUGUGCUCCAAACUAUGUAAUUGACGAUGGUUUCGAGAUUCUUGAGGAAACAGAAGAGCCUCUCACUGAUCUAGCUGAUGACCUACUAAAAUCCUGA